UGCAGAGUUUCCUGACAUGUCAGAAUGCUUUCAGUCUCACUUUAAUCUCCAUAUCUAUCUCUCUCUUUGUUGGACUUGGAUAGGAACAAGAAUUCAUAGAAAGACAACUGGGGCGUGCAUGGUGUCAUUGUUGCAUUUGUCGUUUUAAAAAACAAAGGAUUUUCUUUUAUUACUGAAAACACAUUUUAAGAAGAUGCCCAUUAGCCCAUGCUAUCCCAUCCCCAUGUACUCUGCCAUGAACUAAAAAUUUUCUGACUUAAAAAAUCUGUUUUUACUGUUGCAACUUUCAGAUAGAGUAUAUCUUUAACCUUUACCGCUAAUUCAUUGUAUGUUGCAGACCCUACUGUACCUGCUUCUUGACCCUUUGUUUUUUCUCUGAUUUGUGCCCACACGCAAGAAAUGGAGCCCGUAAACUCUCCUCUACAGAUUGCCCGUUUUGCAGACUUAGGGAUUGGACUUACAAAUUUGGGUGAUUCGUGGAGCAUGGACAGUAAUAGGCUGAGUGGAGGAGAAGGGUCACCUCCAAUUGGGCUAGGUCUUGAGCUUGGACGUGGGUCUGGUCAUAGACCAACUGGGUUCACAGUUUUUCAGCUGCAAGAACUACAGCUUCAAUCUCUCAUCUACAAGUACAUGGAAGCUGGACUUUCUGUGCCCCAUCAUCUUCUUCUUCCUAUAUGGAAAAGUGUUACUGGUUCUCUCAGUGGAUUCCAUGGCAGUCCUUACCAACUCUAUUCCGGCUUUUUGGAUUGUGGAUCCUUGCAUUUGGGGUAUAAGAAUGGGCUGGAUCCAGAGCCAGGAAGAUGCAGACGAACAGAUGGGAAGAAAUGGAGGUGUAGCAAAGAGGCAGUCCCAGAUCACAAGUACUGUGAGAAGCACAUGCACAGAGGGCGCCAGCGUUCAAGAAAGCCUGCGGAAGCUUCUCAAGCAACUAAUACUGAUACCAACCUUUCCAUUUCUCUCCAAGUGGAUAACAAUGGCAGCAGUGGCAGCAAUCUCUCUUCCAGCUUUAUUGGUUUCUCUCAAAAGGGUGUUCUCCAGGAUGGGGGGCAAUCCAAAAGCUGAACUUUCACUACAAAAUUUCAGGAAUUACUGUAGGACAAAGGGAUUUAAUAUGGACAGAUUUUCGUAGCCGCUUGUUGUAGGGAAAGCUCAAUCUCCGAUUUUGUUUUGAGACCUUUUGAUUUUGUUUUGAUGUAAUGUCUGAGAUGUGAGAGACAUUAAUGGUGUUUGUCGGUGAAAGGAGGUAGAGACUGACAGGCUCCAUUACUGAUCAAUCUCUACCCUUAGCUAGCCUGGAUGUCUAGAUACCGAUGCACUUGCUCCUAUUUGGGCUUUUUCCAAUGCUGCUGUGAAAUAAAGGGUUAUAUGCAAAGCAAACCGCUGGCUGGCUUUUAGAUUUCUAAUAAGCAAAGCCCAAA